UUCUAGAAUCACAUUUUCUGUUGUAAGGUGUGUCCUGCAUAAGCACUUCCGGUGGGUGUGGGGGAGAAGAUUUUGAGCUUUCGGGUCAGUUGGCGGGAAGACGUGAAAAGAGUGAAAAUGUCAUCAACAUCACAGAAGCACAGAGACUUUGUGGCAGAGCCAAUGGGAGAAAAGCCGGUCCAAUGUCUGGCGGGUAUUGGCGAAACACUGGGGCAUAGGCUUGAAGAAAAAGGGUUUGAUAAGGCUUAUGUCGUGUUGGGUCAGUUUCUCGUUUUGAAGAAGGAUGAAGAGCUUUUCAAGGAUUGGCUGAAGGAUACUUGUUCCGCCAAUGCCAAGCAGUCUAGAGAUUGCUUUGGCUGCCUAAAAGAAUGGUGCGAUGCCUUUUUGUAAAGUAGUAUCUCUCCUCUUUGUGAUGCCUUUGCAAAGCCAGCUCCAGAGAGAACCCCCAAGUCACAGCUAAAGCCACAGAAAUUUGCCAGAUGCAUCAUUAUCCUGAAGGCCAAGAAACUUGCCCACUUUUGAGAGAAUUCCAUUGGACUAAAAAAAAGAAACCUAUGGGCAUAUGAAGAAUUUUAAAAAUAACAAAACAGACAAUCCAUGAUUAACCACAAAUAAAAUAAUCCACAUAUUGAUCCCACAAGAUGAUUCGUUUUGAUGCAUAAUAGCCACGGCCGCAAUAUUUGCUAUUGUGUACGUUUAGUUUUAUGGGAAUUUCAGUGGCAUGUUUUUAUUUAUUUUAAAUACACUAAAAUGCAACAUGUUCUGUUUUUAUCUUUAACAUCUGCUUUCCUUCCCUAUAUGAUUAUAUAAAAUAGGAAAUUGCUUUGUGAGAUCUGGCCCUUAUUAUAUAGGUUGUAGCAAAACCAUUGCUACCUCGCUCACUGUGUUCCUACCCAGCUGCAGGAAAUGCUGUAGUCCUCAGUAGCUCUUAAGUGCAUAGACAUUUGUACAAUUGUUGCAUGUGGAUGUACAGUGUUACUGCUUAGUAGUAUCUGUAAGAAUUUACUAGGGAAUUAUUCAGAUAAUAUUGUGGGUUUGGCAACCACUGUUACAGGCUAUGCAGCAGUGCGCUGGUUUCUCAUGUUGUUUUUUAUGUAAUUCUCAAAUACUUUCAUGUUGAAAUACUUCCUUUAUACCUGUCCAUUUGUCCAAGUAUUUUCAGGCUUUGUUUUUUUUUUUUUUUUCAAAAAUAAAUUUUUGCAUCUGUU